AUGAGAGGUAGCUCACAUGAAAAAGCACGUGCUGAAUUAGGAUGGGUACCAUUUUUUAUCAAACAAGAAAAAGAAGACGUAUUUCCACCUAUACCUAUUAAAUAUGAUUUUUUCGCUAUUCAUCGUCUAUGUUUAUUUUAUAAAACAUUAAAAGAUGUAACUGAUUUACAUUCUCUUAUUCCACCUCCAACACAAACUACUAUUAUGACUCUGAGAAGCCAUAAUACACAACAAGUAACGACAUUAAGAAGAGGAAGUGAAUAUCUACAACAGACUUUUAUUCUAUCGUCUUCUAAACUGUGGAAUGGCUUAUCAAAUGUAAUAAAAGAAUCAAAAAAUUAUGCCACUUUCAAAUGUAAAAUGAAACAACCCUACUUCACUAAAUUAAAAUUGCCUCCUGUUAUUGAUAGAAUGACAGAAAGCGACUUUUUGCGAUGUGGAUUAAAUGAUAAAGACAAAACCCCAAUCAAGGUGCAACCAACCCCUCCUGGUGUCUACGUUACAGUUGAUUCUAGAGUAUUCUAUAUAUUUCUUGCAUUAAAAACAAUUUAA